CAGCAGCAGCACCUCCUGCCUCAGUCUGCUGCUGCCAGAGCAUGCCUGCGCCACGCACUGUGUGCGCUGUGCACUUCUUCUACAAGCUUCCGGCACAUGGGAUUUUUACAGCAUUUUCAAAAACGGUUACAAAUAGUUUAUUAUAGGAUAUGCUAAAGCUGUGUACGGUUGCUCACUUGUCUUGGCGAAUACCGAUGCUGGACAGCAAAGCGGCGAGCAAAGUGGCAUAGUCAACAUAGUGCGUUUAACUAGUCGUUAAUGGGCUACACACUUUCCAUUGUCUACAUGUGCACAUAAAAUGACCAGCUUGAGGACCUAUAAGGAGCCAUUCGGCCGAACGACUUCUGAACCGGUGGAGGAUACAGACCCCAGCAGCUUCAUGGCAGGAAUCGAUGUUUUUAUUUUUUAUCCAACCCAGUCGAUCAAGACCAACUACCCCGUCCAAGUGACCGAUCCUCAGGAUCCCGUGACCUUUGCCCUGCCCUCCAUGCUCCCCAGGUACCCUCCUGCCGACCGGAUACGGCAGCCAGUGGAGGACGGUGACGACUGUAUCUGCACCCCGUCACUCUCCCCAGACCUCCCCCAGGAGCUGCGGUACCUGAGCGGGAUGUGUGAGAAGUGCCGCUACCAGGCGCCAGUGCCCAAGAUCAGCGACCUGAUGGACGACAAGGACCUGCUGGACUCCCUGCGCCUCAAGCUGGACCCCAACCACUGCACCGUCAAGAACUGGAAGAACUUUGCCAGCCGCUGGGGCAUGAGCUACGACGAGCUCACCCUGCUGGAACACCGGACCCAGGGCUCGCUGUCGCACAGCCCCACGCAAGAGUUCCUGCUGCGCUACAACCAGAAGAGUGUGGGUGAGCUGAGCGAACUAUGCCGCUUCUACGAACGCAUCGACGUGCAGCGGCUGCUGCAGGACUGGCUGGAGAAGGACUGGCCGUCGCGCUGGCAGAAGACACACUGAUCCGCCAAGAUAUGCUUGUGUGUGCAUGUGCGCGUGUGCGUGCGUGCGUGUGUGUAUAUAACUGAGUGUGAAAAAAUAAUUGUGUGCGUUUCUGUGAGUAGAAAUGUUUGUGUGUGUAUAUGUGUGUGAAUAAAGUUGUGUUUGUGUGUGCAUGUGUGGGUGCAUGUGUGUGUGAGUUGCAGUGUGUAUUUGUUUGAAGGUUUAUUAAGUUUAUGUUUAUAUCAGGCGGGCUUAUCGAACGUUAUCUCUUGGUUUUGAAUAUCUCUUGAAAUAAUGGACGUUGAGGUUUUCUUUAUAACUUUGGUUAAGAAGAUAUAGUUGUGAAACGGUGCAGUUUAAAGUAAUCGUCUCAACUAUUUUUUGCAAUAUAGUCAUAUUUGAUUUGGACUUAUUUCUUUCUUAAUGCCAAGGUCUUUCUUUAGUAUCCAUGUCUUCUUGAUUUGAAAUAAACAAAAGAUAGUGAUGUAUGCUCCGUGAACAAUAUUUACUUUUUGUUGAAAAUAGUUGUGGUUAUCAAUUGUCAAAUAUGUCUGGUCGUUUUUGUGGCACAGUCCAGCUAUAAGAUAUUUGAAUUCAAUUCAUUCAUUCAAUCUUUCUCCUGCCCUCAAAAUGAAAGAUAUAGUGAAUUAUGACUACAACUUGUAUUCAUGUUUAUAAAGUGUCAUUUUUGUCUUAAAUGUUUUAUAACGGAUAGAAAAUAACAGUACUGAAUGCAUUAAAAUGUAUUUAUUGAACAAAAAUUUAACAGAUUUAUACAAUUCCAUAGUAAAAAAAAAAAGUAAAAUUGUAGCCUGCUUUUCAUAUUAAGGCAUUGUUCCAUAUAAAAUACUGAGGCAAUUAUAGAUAUUCUCAGACAAUAUUCAGAUAAAGCUGAUUUAAAUAGUUUCAGUGUAUACAAUUUCUGAUAUUUUGUCCUCCUACAGAGACGAGAUAAAAAAACUCGAACUUCUGGUGCUUUCACUAGCAGGUAACUGCAAUAUAGUUAAACUUUUUUUUUUUACAUGAUUCUCUCUCUGGAAUUUGAAUUAUACACAGCAAUUGUGUUCCAUUUGGUUGGACUUUUGUGUGUGAGACCUAUAAUAUCUUAAGCAAACGCAAGACAUCUUCAUGUAUUAGGUUUCAGUUAAUUAUUUACAUAGAUAUAGUGUUGAUGCUGCCUAUACAGGGUUUGAGAAGCAUGUUUAAUCAGUAUCUGCGUCUUUAACAUUCAGGCCAAGCAUAUUGGAAAGACUUAAUGACAAUUUAUCAUUUCCUGACGAUCCAACUACUGGAUGGUCCAAGCCUAAUCCUAAAUCAGGUGUGUUAACUUUGAAUGUUCCUCCUCUGGCCAGUGAGGAAUCAUUUGAUGCUGAAGCAAAGAGUGCACCCACUUUGGCCUCAGUAGGUGACACAUUAACAUUCACAGGUUUCUCCCUUGCUAGUUUCAACCGCUCCAUAAUAUCAAUCUUUUCCCCCGUGUUUGACUGUGUAUUAGGUUUCACCAGGCGUAUUCCCUUGCUAAUAACAAAUUCCUGUUCGCUUUUGUUAAGACUUCCUUCAGACUUUGGUGGACCUAA